CCCUUGUCGUCUGGGCUUUGUCUAAUCUACACUCCCCCCUCUCUUCUCUCUUGCAUGUGCAAUAUUGAGAGAUGAGAUGAUGCACAGUAAUCUGUGUGCCUGGUUCUUCAAGGCAAUUAUCGGCUACUGUCGCUAUUUCAUUCGCGGAAUACUCAUCUGCCCUGAUCAUCAAUGCUCGUACGGUAUCACCACAGCAGGCCGGGGUGGCUAUAUUCAGCGAACCCUCUCCACCUUAAGCCCAAACCGUCUUGAAGCAAUGGCUUGCCCCCCGUCGGUGCCACCAACCAUCUCAAAGCAGCAACACACACCCCCUGCACCGUCGAGCCCAUUGCAGAUAAUGGGUCCGGUUACCCGCCCAAGUCCACCGUACAGAGUUGUUCAGACGCCUCUGUUAUCAGGCCUGAGAAGUGCAAAAGAACCCGACUUAUCCGUCCUCGAGCCUUCACAAAUGCCCUGGACUAAGCCUGCGACACUGCGCUAUUUGGGCUUCUGGGAUCGGCACGGACUUCCAGAACAAACACUCCACACACGCCAGCCGAACUGGGAUGGUAUCAAUUAUUGUACUGGAGGGUGAAGAACUUUUGGUUUUCGCCUCCACGCACUCGUGCCUUGUCGUACCGGUCCCGUCUUUGGUGAUAGCCUCUCUCCCCUAUCGGCAGG